GAGGUUUGAASCAAUCGCUUCCCAAAUCAUGUUUUAUCAAAACCAUGAAAGCCGAGGAAGAAGAGGACCGUCAAUGCCAUCAAUUAACUACAUCAAAGAAAAACCUUACUGUGAAAGACAUUUAUGACAUUGAACAAGCUACUAUAGGCCAAGSUGAAAAUGCAAAUUGGCAUGCUUUUCCUAAAGGCCGGAUAACUGCCUCAAUAUUCCACAGAGUAUUUACAAGGGCAGAGACAUUGAAGGAAAAAGGGGGGGAUGCAUCAAAUUUAGUCGCACAAAUUUUGGGCAAAAACUCCCCUCCUGAAAACACUCCUGCCUUAAAAUACGGACGAGAAAUGGAGCCUGUAGCAAAGGAGAAAUACUUGGWUCUAUUUAAAAGCCAACAUACUGAUGUGAAUUACAGAGAGUGCGGCAUUUUUAUUGACAGCAAGCAUCAGUUCCUUGGUGCAUCACCAGAUUUGCUGGUUGACUGUUCGUGUUGUGGGCUAGGGUUGCUUGAGGUUAAAUGCCCCUAUUCUAUCGUAAAUCAAGAACCAAGUGAAGAGAACCUGCCCUACCUUGUUUCUAUUGAUGGAGUUACCCAACUUAAAAAGAGGACUCUGUACUACUCACAAAUACAARGACAAAUGGCAAUUAGUGGACGACAUUGGUGCCAUUUUCUUGUAUAUACAGCAAAAGGCUUGCACCUAGAACUCAUUCACUUUGAUGAAGGUUAUUGGAACACUAUCAGAGACAAUCUAGUCUGGUUUCAUGACAAUUAUCUUGUUCACUUGAAAGAAAUGAACAGGUAGAAUUUAUAUAUAUUUGUAUAUAUUUAAUUUUACUUUUUGAAUUAUAUUUGA